AUGGCAGAGACACAACUCGCCAGCCUUCUAGCCUUGCUGUCACCCUCCGAUAUCGUGACGCCAGCGUCGUCGGAUUAUAAAGAGCAAUCAAGAACAUGGGCUGUUCAGGCCGACAAACAUCCUCUAGCUGUGAUCACACCUAAAACCGUGGAAACGUUAAGCAGAAUUGUUUCACACGCUAAUACCACUGACCUCGACAUUGGGAUUCGUUGCACUGGAAUUGGAAAUGCGACCAGUAAAGACGUACUGAUUUCACUAUCAGCCUUCAAGCUAUUCGCGUUCGAUCAGGAUGAGGAGACCAUCACAUUCGGAUCGGGGCACUGCUGGGGAGAAAUUGACCAAAAGAUGGAAGAAAGCGCCCCGGGAUAUGCUGCAGUCAGUGCUAGAUGCACCUAUGUUGGAGUUGGUGGAUCAAUCCUUCAUGGUGGACAGAGUUGGCUGAGCUCGGAAUAUGGCCUUGCCUGCGACCCAAAAAAUCUGCUUGAUGUCCAGGUAGUUAAAAUGGAUGGUAGCAUUGUUUGGGCGAGUGAGGAACCGGAUCUUCUCUGGGCCCUUCGCGGUGGGGGUGGAGGGUUUGGAGUCGCUACCGCUUUCAAGAUGCGAGUUUACAAGUAUCCAUCUUCGAUAUUCUGCGGACAGAUCAUCUACCCUCCGACAGCACUGAAGGAUAUUGCACGAGAAACUGCCGCCUUUGCUUCACGUUGUAGUGAUGCGAAGAUGGCUCUGCAUUUGUAUUGCCUCGACAUGACAGCAGGUACAUAUGCGGGCAAGGAACCCAAACCUGGACUGGCAAUUUUCGCAUAUGAUGCCAACGGGCCAGAACAUGGCCGGAGUGCAGACGGUUUCAAAUGGGCCUUGGAUAUCCCCGGAGCUGUUGAUCUCACCAAGACUUUGACCUUCCGAGAGGUGAACCGUCAAUUUGAUGCGUCCAAAGCCCCAUUUGGGAAGAUCAAUACCUGGGCAGCUGGUGUUACAGUUCCUACCGUCGAUGAAAGCUUGAUAAUUCAAGCUUGGAAUUGGUAUUUGGCUCUUCUGGAGAAGGAUCCGAGACUGGUUAUGGGGACUUAUGUGCUCAUGGAAGUAAUGCAGAAGGCUGUUUAUCAAUCCCUUGGAUUUCCCAGCCUAGUUUCCGCCUGGCCUCAUACAAGAAACCAACACAAUCUUCAGUUAGGGACAGGGGUUGUACCGGGCUAUCCUGACAGUGAUGCUUUGGCAUAUAGAGCGAUGGCAGAGGGGCCAUUUGAGAUACGUCCGGGUCACACAGGAGCCGACUACUUCCCUAAUUUCCUGGAAGAUUUCGUCGACCCAAAGAAGGUCUUUGGGGUAAACUUUGAUAAGCUGGUCGAGAUUAAGAAGAAAUACGAUCCCGAGAAUAAGCUAGGCGGACCAUUUACUCGGGGCUAA